AUGCCUCCUCGGAGGGCUGUCAUGCUGCCGCGGCAACAACUCCGCACGAUGGCUUUUUCUGUGGAUGAUCAGGAGGCUGCGUUGGCUGAGUGGCAGUCAAGAGCGCGUACAGAUAAGCUGGUGUUUAAGGACAUCACAUUGAAAAUUGCACACCAGAGGAAAUCAGCGGAGGAGGUAAGUCGUGGUGGCCGUUGGUUGGCGGAGCACGCUGCCUUGGAGCGAGAGGUAGUUUCGUGCGCAUUCGAUUUUGAAAAGGCGUGGGCUUCGUGCUCUUCCCUCCUACCAGAGGCAGCGGUGAGGGAAAGAGCCGGCAUGGAGGAACGAUGCGAGUCGAUUCAUCGUUCCCUUAAGAAAACAAUUGGGGGACUUCGGAAGGAAUGUCGUGACUUGCACAAGAAGGAGGCCAAUGUCAUGCCUGAUGGCGUUAACACCUUACGAGAGAAGAUUUCAACCAUGAGGGAGGAAAUUUCUGAGUCUAUUAAAGUUAUCGAGCAUGAAGUGGAAUCUUUGCUGAACGAGAUGGAGGAGAGCGAGAAUAUCUUACCGAUUGAAACUGUCCAAACGUUAGUGCGGUCAUCAUUGGAAUUGUUAGAUAGUGUGUGCGAGUCCAUGGUAUGUAAACCCAACCCUAGGCUCGUGAAGACGUUUCGAGACGCCAUAGAGGUUGGAGGAGAGGAAGCCGUGUCUCGGUUAAUGUCUACGGAGCGAACAGGAGCAACUGUGGACCUCUCCUCGAGCGACAUUCGUAAGAUUUCUUUGGUUUUGAAAACCUACACGAGUCUUUCAACGCUCGGUAGUGAGAAACCUGAUCUUCCAGGUGAUGUUUACAAUCGCGUCCAUCAGAGUUUGCCCGAUAUGUCCCGCGACAAAGUGCGACUUGCUGUGAAUGAGGUUUUGCGGCAGAAGAGAGAAAAAGCACUCGCGCGGACGGUGACGCUUCAGUUCAAGAAGAAAUCUCUGGAACUUCUGAAAUCAUUCGAGAAGGCAGCCGCGGCUGAUGAAGAGAUUGGAAGGCUAGUGGCGGAUAUGGAAGAAGAGGCUAAAUUACGCGAGGAGCAGCAACGAAAGAAACACCGAGAGUUGGAUGAGCUACGUGCUGUUCGAGAAGCCAAGGAACUGGCCCGACGCGACGAGGAGGAAGCAAGACGGAAAGAGGAAGAGGAAAGGACACAAAGAGUCAUGCGUGCUCGUGAGAUAGAAUUCCAGGAACGCCUAAAACAGCUGCACCUCUACCAGGAGCAGCAGAAAGAGCUGCAAGAGAAGGAAAUCGAACUUCGGAGGGCACUUGCAGAGGAGGAAGCAAUCCAAAAAGCGAUACGAGGGGAACGUAACGCCAAACGGGUGGUGGAGAGACAGAAAGAAUAUGAGGAGAAAUGCCGGUUGCGUAAAAAACGUCAGCAGGACCUGGAAGAAAUAAAAGCUGCACGUGCGAAGACACUAGAGGCCUUCUUUAAUGGUGUCAGGCAACAGCUCGGUGUCGAGGCCGACCCAGAGAGAGUUCUGCAAGGGACAGUUUCAAGUAAGCAGAAUGAAGCUUACGUACCGUUCGCGGAGGCCGCACGAUAUACUGUGCAUGGUUACACGGCUGACGAGGUAGCGAAGGACCCACGGUUUCGACUUCAACUCGCUCUGCUGGAGGCGGGUCUGCACAAAACUGCAUAUGGACGGGAGGUUAUCUCUCGGGGGUACCGUGUGUCGGCAGCUCAACGACCGAGCGACGAUAACCCAUUAAGCAACAACUUUUGA